AUGCAGAAAUUUAUUGAAGCAGAUUAUUAUGAACUGGACUGGUAUUAUGAAGAAUGCACAGAUGUUUUAUGUGCUGAAAGAGUGGGCCAGAUGACUAAAACAUACAAUGACAUAGAUGCUGUUACACGUCUUCUUGAAGAGAAAGAACGGGACUUAGAAUUAGCUGCUCGGAUUGGCCAGUCACUGUUAAAGAAGAAUAAAUCACUGACAGAAAGAAAUGAGUUCCUGGAGGAGCAAGUAGAACACAUCAGGGAAGAGGUUUCUCAGUUGCGGCAUGAGCUCUCCAUGAAAGAUGAGCUGCUCCAGUUCUAUACGAGUGCUGCUGAAGAAAGUGAGCCGGAGUCCAUCUGUUCCACCCCGCUGAAGAGGAAUGAAUCGUCCUCCUCCGUCCAGAACUACUUUCAUUUGGAUUCUCUUCAAAAGAAACUCAAGGACCUUGAAGAGGAGAACGUUGUGCUUAGAUCUGAGGCCUGUCAGCUGAAGACUGAAACAAUUACUUACGAAGAGAAAGAACAACAGCUUGUCAAUGACUGUGUAAAAGAGCUAAGGGAUGCAAACAUCCAGAUUGCCAAUAUCUCCGAAGAGUUAGCAAAGAAAACUGAAGAUGCAGCCCGGCAGCAGGAAGAAAUCACCCAUCUUCUCUCUCAAAUAGUCGAUCUGCAGAAAAAGGCAAAAGCUUGUGCAGUUGAAAAUGAAGAACUUAUCCAGCAUUUGGGAGCAGCUAAAGAUGCACAGAGACAGCUCACAGCAGAGUUGCGGGAGCUGGAAGACAAGUAUGCAGAGUGCAUGGAAAUGCUUCAUGAGGCUCAAGAAGAGCUGAAAAACCUUAGGAACAAGACUAUGCCAAAUGCCAUAUCACGUCGGUACCACUCUCUCGGUCUCUUCCCUAUGGAUUCUUUGGCAGCAGAAAUAGAAGGGUCAAUGAGGAAAGAACUGCAUUUAGAUGAACCCGACUCUCCUGACCUGGCGUACGAUUGAAAAGAAUCGGUUCCUAAUUGAUUGAUUAUAUCUGAAGUUAUUUACUAG